CGCAAACUGUAAUUGUAAGAAGUGACGUAAUCGUAGUAACUUUUCGUGUUCAAAUGAGGUAGACAUUUAGCAAGUUUACUUGGGAAUGUUUUGGCUAAUCUGUUUCUCUUCGGAAGUGGAAUCCUCUUCCUGUGUAUCAUCAUGAGAAGCAAAUUAAAUAAUUGAAAAUGUUUCGUUGUAUUCCACUUUUUCGAGGUUGUAACCGUCAAGUUGAAUGCAUCGACAAGAGGCACUGUAGUUUGGCAAAUGUACCCGAUGAUGUUUUGCGUUAUCCUCGUACUUUAGAAGAACUUCUGCUGGAUUCCAAUCACAUCAGAGAUCUGCCAAAGGGUCUUUUUCGUCUUGUAAAAUUGCGACGUUUGAGUUUGAGUGACAAUGAAAUUGGAUUACUGCCAUCAGAUAUUGCAAGUUUGGUGAAUCUGGUUGAAUUAGAUAUUAGCAAAAAUGAUAUUUCGGAUAUACCUGAAAAUAUUAAGUUUUUAAAAUGUCUACAGACUCUUGAUAUCAGUAGUAAUCCACUAGCAAAGUUGCCUGCUGGUUUUGUGCAGCUUAAAAAUCUGACAGUGUUAGGUUUGAAUGACAUUUCAUUGACUAGAUUACCGAAUGAUUUUGGAAAUCUGACAAAUCUUCAGUCUUUAGAGCUUCGAGAGAACAGUAUAAGAACAUUGCCACCUUCUUUUGCAAAUUUAUCUAAAUUAGAAAGGUUGGAUUUAGGAAGCAAUGAAAUUUCGGAGCUUCCUUCCCUUAUUGGCCAGUUAUCAAGUCUGCAAGAGCUGUGGCUGGACUGUAAUGAACUUUUUACCUUACCAACAGAAAUUGAAAAUCUCAAGAACCUGACAUGUUUAGAUGUCAGUGAAAACAGAUUAGAAUACUUGCCAGAAGAAAUAGGAGGACUGGAAAAUCUCACAGACUUGCAUUUAUCCCAAAAUUGUCUUGAAUCUCUACCAGAAGGCAUUGGGAAAUUAUCAAAACUUACAAUAUUUAAGGUUGACCAAAAUCGUCUUCUUUCUUUGACUCCAGAAAUUGGAAAUUGUGAAUCUCUUCAAGAACUUAUACUAACAGAAAAUCUAAUAUCAGAACUGCCUUCCUCUAUUGGGAAACUUGUGAAUCUAACAAAUCUGAAUCUGGACAGAAAUAGACUUUCACAAAUUCCAGCACAGAUUGGUAAUUUGACCCGAUUAAGUGUUUUAUCUUUGCGAGAAAACCGUUUGAACUUUUUACCUGAAGAGACAGGGAUGUUGAAAGAAUUGCAUGUUCUUGAUGUUUCAGGAAAUAGGUUACAGUAUCUUCCAAUCUCUAUUACUGCUUUGAACUUAAAGGCUCUUUGGUUGGCAGAAAAUCAGUCUCAACCAAUGCUAAAGUUUCAAACAGAUAUUAAUGAACGAAAUGGUGCUAAAGUCUUAACAUGCUUUUUAUUACCACAACAAGAAUAUCACCCAGAAAGCAUGGAAAAUCUACUUAGAGAUAGUGGAGAGCAAGAUAGUCGCUUGAGUUGGGAACAAAAGAAUGAAAAGAACGAUCGAACAUCAUUUGUUAAAUUUGUAGAAGACGAAAAAGAACUGGAUGAUGAGGAAAAAGAGACUCAAUUUGUGCGGCAUGACACACCACAUCCACGAGAGUUAAAAGCUAGGCACAAUAAGUUGCUUGUUAGCAAGUCUAAAAACAUUGAUGGUCAUGUUGUGGCCCAUGAAGAGAAAGGAAAUGAAGUUGUUGACAGCUUUAGGCCUCAGAGAUCUAGUAUAACAUCUGUAACAUCUUCAAGUUCUGAAACUUCUGCUACUCAAUUCAAAGAUGCUGUCCAGAGUUUAGCAGACAUCCCAGAUUCAGAUGAUCUUCCAGAAGUCGAGCAAAUGCCAGAAGAGAGUGUGGAAGAUGUUGAAUCCAAUCGCCCCCUUUAUCGAGCACAAACGCGAGAGGAUUUACUGGACGAAGAUUCUGCUGGAGAAAGCUCUGAAGAUGAAGAGGGUGAAAAACAUGUUGGUUUUGAUACUGAUGUUGAAGAUCAAAAUGAUCGACCCAACAAGUUACAUCGGAGGGAUACUCCACAUCAUCUUAAAAACAAACGUAUCAACCUCAUUGAUUCUCAAAAGGAUCAUGAGAAGGUAACAUUAGAGUCGAAGGUCUUAGCAAUAUUAGCCCAGGCAGAAAGAAAGAAUUUUACUGAUGACACACCAUCUGUAAAUUCACCAUCACUUUUAUCUCAAGACUCAGAAGUGGAAAAGGAACACCUUAAUUCUAAUGGUAUAGAGGAAAAAUCUCACAAUAUUGAAAUUUCUGAAUCAGAAAUGGAAAUUGUGAUUCAUAAAACUUCAUCUGGUCUAGGUUUAAGUAUAGCUGGAGGUAUAGGAUCAACACCCUACAGAGGAGAUGAUGCGGGUAUUUUUGUAUCAAAAGUUAUUCCUGGAGGCCCUGCUGAAUCAGCUGGAUUAAAAGUGGGAGAUAAAAUUUUAUCAGUCAAUGGGAAAGAUCUUGAAAGUGUUACACAUUUUGAUGCUGUGGAUGCUUUAAAAGCUGCUGGCAGCAUGAUGGUCAUGACAAUUAGAAGGGAUUCUGCAAUUUCUCCACCUAGUUCUCCUAUUGAAUCACCAUCAAACAACAACUUGGAAAAUGGUAAUGUUGAGGAGCCAUGUCAAAUUUCUAAAAAUGAACCUAUUGAAGAAUCCUUGCAACAAAAUCACAAACAUUCCUCUGAAAGCAAUAUUGUACAGAAAACAGAAGCUAUUCUCGAGGAACCUGGAAAAGAGGAAGUAGUAUCUGAAAAAUUAGAGAAAAUACCUGCUGCAACUGAUACUCCUUCAAAAAAUAAAUUAAACUUAACUAUUGAUAUACCUAAAGAGGAAAAUUCUGCUCCUAAAAUAUCCGAAUCUGCAUCACCUUCAUUCAGGAAGCAGGCUUCAGAUGAUUAUGAUAUCAAAUUUGAAAUUUUACAUACAACACUCAUCAGAGAGCAAAAUGGUCUUGGUUUGAGCAUCGUUGAGAGGCCAAAUGAUGUGGGAGGUGGCGAUGGUAUCUACAUAGCUAAGAUAGCUGAAAAUGGUGCUGCUGCAAAGGAUGGAAAGCUAAAAGUUGGAGAUAAGGUAUUAACAAUAAAUGGAGUGGACAUGGAUGGAGCACGGCAAGAUCAAGCCGUUUCUCUCCUCAGUGGUUUAGAUCGUUUUGUUCGUCUUGUUAUACAGCGUCAAAAACUGGUACCAAGAGAUCCAAAUACUCCACACUUGCCUGACAAAUCAUCCAUAUCUCUUUCAUCAUCAUCAUUGUUAGGCCAGAAGUCACCCAAACUUAUUGGACUGCCUCGACCAUACACACCAAAAUUUUAUUCUUCCAGUUCUUAUAUGGCCAAUCGACCUUCCUAUACUGGAUCUUACAAGCGUCCUGAACUGUCUUCUGCAGAUUUGAAACCUACUUUCUCACUUUACACUAAAUUACCUGGACUAAGAAAUGAUCCCCUGGAUUUGGAACCCAUUCCCACUCACACUACAACUCAGUCACCAGUAGUUAAUACUACGACUGAAACUUAUAAUAAUGUUGAUCAUGGAAAGACUGAAGAGUCAGUGAAAGACAGUAUGACAUGUGCUUACUCUAAAAUGAAUUGUUUGAAUCAUGUAAAUGCCAGUGGUGAAGUAGAGGAAGUUAGUCUUGUGAAGGCAGGUGGUCCUUUAGGCUUAAGCAUAAUUGGAGGCAUCGAUCAUUCAUGCCAUCCUUUUGGUGCAGGAGAACCUGGCAUUUUUAUCUCAAAGAUAGUCCCAGAAGGAGCAGCUGCCAAGACAGCAAAAUUAAAAGUUGGUGAUAGGCUCUUAAAAGUUAAUGGUGCUGAUGUGUGUCAAGCUUCACAUAAGGAUGCAGUAAUGGCACUCCUAGCUCCUACAUAUGAAAUGACGUUGACCGUCCGUCAUGACCCUUUGCCUCAAGGUUGGCAGGAAAUAAUUAUCACCAAACAUCCUACUGAGAAACUGGGAAUGGGAAUUAAAGGAGGUGUUGGAGGUCAGCCUGGUAAUCCGCAUGAUAAAGAAGAUGAGGGUAUCUUUAUCUCUUGGGUUAAUAGUGAUGGCGCUGCUGGUUCAGAUGGACGUUUACAGCCUGGCAUGCGGAUAGUGGAGGUAAAUGAAACUUCUUUACUUGGUGCCACAUAUCAAGAGGCCAUUACUGCCUUGCGUACAGCAUGCGAUUCUGUUCGUCUGAUAGUGUGUGAUGGAUAUAACAUCUCUCUUGUUGAAACAAAUGAACCGUCUGUACAAAUAAAGCCUUCACACUCAUCAUCUUCAAUUGAUAAAGAUGACGAGAUGAUGAAUGUUAUCAGACAGGAGCACGAAGUAAUGAAAGAAACAGCUGAGUGGGAAAAAGAAGAUAUGGAAAAAAUGGAGCAACUUCGUGAGAAAACCGAUAAUCUCCAUUUAGAAGGUCCACUCAUGACUGAUAGAAAUGUUGAAUUCAAAGUCAUUUCCGUUGAGGGUAACAAAAUAUUUGGAGAUGACAUUGAAGAAUGCGGUAAUGAAAUUAUGUAUAGUACACCAAACAGGCAGGACUUUCAAAUUUCAAACAAAACAGAGAUGCGAGAGAUGCCUUCACCAAUCCACUUCAGUGCAGAAAAUUCCAAUUUAACAUCAAGUACUGAUGAAUCAAUGGUAGAUCCAAUUGGAAGAUCUAAAUUACCAGGUGCUAAACCAGUUCUUCCAAAAAUGUCUAAGGCAUUCAUCCCACCAGUAGAUGAUCCUGAGCAGUUAACAUUCAGUGAAAAGAAACGCCGCUUUGAGCUUGUGACCAAACCUGCUGAUGGUGCUGUAAUAGGGGACACAAAGCAGUUCAGCUAUUUCUCACCAGUGGAGUUAGAAAGAAUGAAGGAAGAAGAAGAAAGAAAACUUGCCUCCAUGACAGAGGAAGAGUUGAAAGGUUAUCAUUCUCUUGAAGAAGAAUUUGAUGAAAUUAUUAACAAUGCAAAUCUGUUUGAUGUAAAAAAUCUUAACUUUAUUGAUGAUUCCCUCUCUCAUUCCAGUCAAUCUACAGAACAAAUUAGCAGAAUUCCUGUUCGAACAGCAAAAGCUGAGCGAAGACUUAAAGAAAUGUUGAAUCAAAAUGACCUUCCUGAAGAGAAUCUCACUCCUGCUCAACAAAGGGCAUUGCAUGCCGCAAAACGAGCUGCUUGGAGACAAGCCAGACUGAAAUCCUUGGAAGAGGAUGCAGUUCGAGCUCAAAUGGUCAUUAUGAAAGCUCAAGAACUUGCCAGAUCUGAAUCAGCAGAAGAGGUUGAUGGGCAUUUGGAAGGCGAGCUUAAUCAUAGUACAAAGCUCACUUGACAGAACAUUUAAUCCAGUGAAUCCAAGUCUUAUGCGUAAUGCUUAAGUUGACUAUCGCAUGAUAUCCAUCGUUUGAGAAAAUGAACAAGACAUAAAAGAUAGCCUGUCCUGUUCUUGUGCCUUAGCUUGUACAGUGGACCCUUACCAAGUUCGGUUGGAGGAAUGAGAAUCGGUUGAUGCCGAAUUUAGCCAAAAUGUUUCACUUCAUCUAUUAACCAUUUAUUUUAUAGCCUGGAAAACCCGUUUAUUUAUAUUCUAACAAUUUGUAGGGUUGUUUUUUGCUCGGGGAUCAAUAAUAUAAAAUACUCUUCUUUAUUUUGUGUACAACUUCAUGGAGAAGAUAGUGUAAUAUUUUUUUGAGGGGGAAGGGUUUUUUUUCACUUAGCAUGAAAAGGCUAACAGUAAAUUAAAUAUACCAAUUUUCCCCCAAUAAAAUGAAACAACCAGCACGAGAUUGUAUAUUGAUUGUUUUAUUUGCAAAAUAUAGUUAAGGAUAUUUUUUUUUUCUUAUUAUUAAAGCAUUUCAGUUAAAUAAUAUUUUGUUUGAGACAAAAUGGCUCUAAUAAUAUAUUUUUAAAUUUUUGUAUCGAAAUUUUUUUAAUUAUAUCGAGAUAAGAAGUUUUUGAGAUUACUUUAGUAAUUUUUUUUACUGUGCCAAAUUAAAAUAAUAAUAAUAAUAGUUUUUGAUAAUAAUCUUGUAAAAUAAUCAGCACCUUAAUAAUAAAAAAUUUGAUUGAAAAAUACCACCAUAAAUCACAGUCUGGCAUUUAUCUUGACUAAUUAAUCCGCAUUACAAUUUAAUUCUUUACAUCUUAGUAUUUUGCUGCUAUUCAGAUGUAAUAGGCUUUGUAUUGAAUAAUAUUUGAAGUGAGAAUUCAGCAAGUUUUUAGGCUUUUAAUAAUGUAUUUUCUGAUUUUUUUGUGUUGUAAUUUUCUUAAAGUAUUAUUAUUUUAAGAAUUUUCUACAUUGAAUUCAUUCCAUUUUAUACAUUCUUUGAAACUGGAAUGAAGUAAAACUUAAAAAAAUUAAAAUUUGAAAAUUAUUUUUUAACUAUCAUUUAUUUAUUUACUUUCUUAACCUUCUUUUAAAUCAAUUUUAUGAACUAAAUUUUUUUUAUCAAUGAUCAAUUGUUUUUUAUAAUACAUGAUUGCAUUUUUUAGUCAUUUUGGUAAUAGUAUUAUUGUGUGUUUUACAAAUUUUAAUGAAUUAUUUAAGUUAAUUUAUAUAUAUUGAGUGUCACUGUUUCUAAACAAUUGUUAAUCAUUGGAUUUUAAUUAUUAAAUUCCUAGAUGUUUCUGUAGAAUAAACUUAAGAAGUAAUCACCUGGUGUGUGAUUAGAAGAUAAUAAUUGCUUCUUAUAUGUGUUAAGUCUAAAAAAUAAAUAAAUUAUAUGCUAAGUUGUAAGUAUACCUGUGGCAUACUGUUAAUUUUUGUAAAUAGAAAAUUUUAUAAACUAGCAUCAGAAAGUGCAAAUAAAUAAACAUAAGAUUUCAUAUUCUUGUGUAUUAUAUGGAACUUCAUUUGGUCACAUUCACAGUUCUGCUUUUAUUCAUAUGUAUUUAACUCAAGUUUACAACCAAAAUGUUGCAGUCUUGUGAAAUGGUUGUAACCUAGGACAAUUAAAAAAAUAUAUAUUCUAAAUGUUUGGAAUUUUAAAAUUGUGCUUUAAAAAUUCCAUUUUCUUCAUGUACAUUUAAAAGUUUUAAACAAAUGUAUUUUAUUUUGUAUAUUAUAUGGAAUGGGAAUAAACUAAUAUUUAUGAUUUU